GCGGGAGCGGCCCCGGAGCCCGCCUGGAGCGGCCCCGCCGGCACCGACCAUCGCGCCCGGGGGCACCGGGCGGACCCGAAGAUGAAAUCCUCCGACGUGGACCAGGAGCUGUUCACUGAGAGUUACUGCAAGGUGUGCAGUGCCCAGCUCAUCUCCGAGUCCCAGCGCGUGGCCCAUUACGAGAGUCGGAAGCAUGCCAGCAAAGUCCGCCUCUAUUACAUGCUUCACCCCGUCGACGGAGGCUGCCCGGCGAAAAAGCUCCGGUCAGAAAACGGCAGUGAUGGUGACUCAGUGGAUAAGAACAAAUGCUGCACACUAUGUAACAUGUCCUUUACCUCAGCAGUGGUGGCCGAAUCGCAUUACCAAGGGAAAAUCCACGCCAAGAGGUUAAAAUUGUUGCUAGGGGAACAACCAGCAUUAAAGGCCACAGAAGCUGCCCUGGGCUCGCUGAAGGCGCCGCACUCGGACAGUCCCCCGGCGGUGCCGUCGCCGCCGCAGCGCCGGGACUCGGACAGGUACUGCCAGCUCUGCACAGCCUGGUUCAACAACCCCAUGAUGGCACAGCAGCACUACGACGGCAAAAAGCACAAGAAGAACGCGGCCAGGGCUGACCUCCUGGAGCAGCUGGGCAAGACCCUGGACCUGGGGGAGCUGAGAGGCCUGAAGCGCAGCUACACCUGUAACAUCUGCAGCGUCACCCUGAACUCCAUAGAGCAGUACCACGCGCACCUGAAGGGCUCCAAACAUCAGACCAACCUGAAGAACCAGUAGUAGCUGGUCAGUGGGGACGAGGACAAGCACCGAUGCUGCUUCUGCAGAGAGGAGCAGGUCAGCAGGAGGGGAGGCUUCCUUGGACAAUGAUCCCAUGUGGAUUCAAUAAUUAACAUGUAACUAACCUUCGCUUUGGACAAAUACAUGGAUUUUUUUUUUAAUUUUGUGGUGAGUUAAAAUAUUUCGAUGGAUUUUUUUACCCUUUCAGGACAAUAUUUAUUCAGCACAGAGUCUAGAGUAUGAUAACUAUCCUGUAAAUACAGCACUUACUCAUCAAGUCAUCUUCAGGGACAGUGGAAACAAACUAUUUUACUUUUUCAUAUUUAUUCUUAGAUUUCUCCCAAGAGCAUAAGAUUAUUCUAUUACAUUAUCCAUGAUAGUGAUGUAAUCAGUCUUCAAUCAGAAAUAAACACACUUUCUUCACCUUC